GGGUCCUCGGGGGUUUAGUAAACUGGGGAGUAGGGGUGUGCAGGGGGCAUAGCCCAUGAAACCAGGGUAGGUGGGGGGCAGGCUGUUUGCCAUCAUCCCAAGAGGGUGGGGAUUGGCACAAGUUGCUGGCCCCGCGGGGGCGUGGCUCCAGCUCCCAGGCCAGUCCUGGGCUGCUGGACAGCCUCCUGGGGCUCUGCCAGGUUUCAGGCUGUGCCGUCUGCCCUGUGGGCUCCCCGGCCCGCCCCAGCCACGCUGGGAAGAGGCGGGUCCUGCCUGCUCCCACAGAGGCCCAGCCCUCUGCUCACCCGGCCUGUGGGUGGCCCUGGCUGGCCGUGCGCCUCAUCCCCGGUGGUGUUGGCACCUCUGUGCCAUCCAGGCCCCUGGGCUGGCCCCAGAUGGGGUGGGGCAGCUGGGCGGGGGCAGCUUCUGUGCUGCUCCAUUUCUUCCCUUUUGCAAGCACAGGGUUGGCCCAGAAGCUUGCUGCAGGUGGCCAGCAGGAGACUCUGAGGGAAGGGGUCUCCUCACCUCCCUUACAUAGCCCUGGGCUUGAGCAGGGUGGCAGGGGAUUCCAGGGGGGUGAGUGUGCGGGAGAGUCUGGGCCUUCCUAUGUGUCACUGGCAGCCUGGAGGUGACAGGGAGGCCCUCCCUGGGCACGUUGUCAGCACAGAUGGGCUGUGUAUUCGUGUGUCACGGUCCCAUGCGAGUGACUGUCCCAUGGCUUCACUGACGCUCAGUGUGGCAGGAGCCAUGCUUGUGGGGCCUCCAGACCAGCUCACAGCUAUGCAGGCUUUCUCUCUGGGUCCCCCACUCAGGCUGGUAGGCCCAAGGAGCUGGCCCCCACUUUCCCAGGAAGCCCCAGGCCAGAGAACGCUGACAGCCAUGGGCUCACAGGUGCAGGCCCACUCCUCCCUGUUGUGUGUUUUGAAGCCUAGGUCCUAGAGUUCCUGGUCAGGCCUUGGACCAAGGACAGGGUAGGGGGUUCGAGUGGUGGUUGAGGGAACGCGGCGGCACGACCACGACAGUUACACUCUCAGCGAAGCCGCUGGACCGGCACCACCCACACCAGCAGUCCCUCUAGCCGUACCCCUGUUCCCAGAGAGAUCUCAGCCUCUGGCUGGGGGUGCAGCUCUGGACAUAGGUAAGAUUUCUCAGCACAAAGAGGCCUCCUGGGGGAGGUGUGAGCCUUGGAGCCUUAGGGAUGCCCACGCCUGAUGUGGGCCUGCAGGAACAGCGUGUGUUGGCCGAGGCCUUGUCCCGGGGUGGAGGCAUCUGGGGUAGAGUGGGUCAUACGACCAGCAACCGGAGGUCACAACCCUUUCCUUGAAGGCAGGCUCACAUAAAGGUUUGAUCCUCUUUGAGGAAGGAGGUCCCCUUGGACUGCGUGUGUUCUCACACCCAGGGACUGACUAGAGCACGGAAUAAACAUGUAAAAAAGGAGGAAGUGGAUUGACUUAGUGUGUUUUUUAAGUUGGACCUGUAGAGCCAGGCUGGGGCUGUGGUCCUUUCCUGAGAGCAAUGUCCCACCCCUAGAUGUGCAUGAACCGUCGGGGCCCCUGUUCUGGGAGGACCCGCUACUCUGCUGGUAACCUGAAGGGCGAGGUCUCAGACCCACCUGCGAUCACACAGCCCUGGCUACCCUGGCUACAGAUCCUUGACCCAGCACCACCUGCUCCAUCUGGAGCCCCUCCAACAUCAAGAUGCUCCGGCUUCAGAGCGCACAGCUCCCUCUGCCACCCCCAUGUUCCUCUGGCAGCAGGGCCCUCCAAGGCCCUCAGCGGUGGCCCCACAACCUAAUCUCCAGGCUCCAGCACUCCCUCAAGCCUGAGCUUUGCACGGCUGCCUCACUUUCUGGAUCACGGUCCUCUGUCCCGCCAAAUCCAUCCCUCAAUCCCAGCCCCCAGCGACCCCCUCCCAAAGGUUUCCUGACCCUGUGGGGCUGGGAGCCUCUGGGUGUGGGUAUGACGAUCUUUCAAGCGGCGGCAGCGGCGGCGGGGACGGCUGUUGCUAAGGGAGGGGACGCGCGGGGAAGCGCGGCCCGAGCGGCGGACGGUACCGAGCGCCACUGCCUAAGCGGCGCCCCUUCCUCCGGACCCUCCCCCACGCCCAGCGUCCUUGAAAGGAGCCGCGAGUGCAGUCCCCACCCCCGGAAGGCGCCCCGACGAGCCAACGCGACCCCGAAGCGCCGCUCGGAUUUUUGAUUCUUGAUUCACCUUCGGCUCCUGGGACUUUCUCGAAGGGGACGUGCGCUUCCCCUAGGAACCCCGAGGACCCCCGGCUCGGGGAGCCCCCCCCCCCGCACUGCCCGGAGGCGCGGCGAGGAUUGGCGGCGCCCCGCGGACCCCAGCUCUCCAGCGCCGGCCGGGGAUGGAGUCGCAGCCCGGCGGCGCCCGGAGCUGCCGGCGCGGGGCCCCCGGCGGCGCCUGCGAGCUAGGCCCGGCGGCCGAGGCGGCGCCCAUGAGUCUGGCCAUCCACAGCACGACGGGCACCCGCUAUGAGCUGUCGGUGCCCCCGGACGAAACGGUGGAGGGGCUGCGCAAGCGGCUGUCCCAGAGGCUCAAAGUGCCCAAGGAGCGCCUGGCGCUGCUCCACAAAGACACCCGGCUCAGUUCGGGGAAGCUGCAGGAGUUCGGCGUGGGGGAUGGCAGCAAGCUGACGCUGGUGCCCACCGUGGAGGCGGGCCUCAUGUCCCAGGCUUCAAGGCCAGAGCAGUCUGUGAUGCAGGCCCUGGAGAGCCUGACCGAGACGCAGCCCCCAGUGGCGCCCGGGCCGGGCCGGGCUGGCGGAGGCGUCUUCCGGAAAUACCGAUUCAUUUUAUUUAAGCAUCCGUGGCACCGACAGGGACCCCAGAGCCCAGAGAGGGGCGGCGAGAGGCCCCAGGUCAGUGACUUCUUGUCCGGCCGCUCGCCGCUGACCCUGGCGCUGCGCGUGGGUGACCACAUGAUGUUCGUCCAGCUGCAGCUUGCCGCCCAGCACGCCCCACUGCAGCACCGUCACGUGCUGGCCGCCGCCGCCGCCGCGGCCGCUGCGGCCCGGGGCGACCCCAGCAUGACCGCCCCCGUGUCCUCGCCCUGCCGGCCCGUGUCCAGUGCUGCCCGAGUCCCCCCGAUGGCCAGCAGCCCUGCCCCUGCGUCCCCCUCACCUGUCACCGCCGGCUCUUUCCGAUCCCACUCAGCCUCUCCCGCCUGCUCUGAGCUCACAUGCCUCCCUCUCUCCGACCAGCAGAUGGACUGUUCGCCCCCUGCCAGCGCUGGUAGCAGCCCCACCCCCACCCCCGCAGGGAGCCCUACCUCCCGCUCCCGCAAACCCGGCGCCGUCAUCGAGAGCUUUGUGAACCACGCCCCGGGGGUCUUCUCAGGGACCUUCUCUGGCACACUGCACCCCAACUGCCAGGACAGCAGCGGGCGGCCGCGGCGUGACAUUGGCACCAUCCUGCAGAUCCUCAAUGACCUUCUGAGCGCCACGCGGCACUACCAGGGCAUGCCCCCGUCCCUGACACAGCUGCGCUGCCAUGCCCAGUGCGCACCCACGUCUCCCGCCCCGGACCUCACCCCCAAAACUACCUCCUGUGAGAAGCUGGCGGCCGCAGCCCCGGCCUCCCUGAGCCAGGCCCGCAUGUGCAAGCCGCUGGGGGACCGGCUGCGGCAGACGGAAAACCGGGCCACGCGCUGCAAGGUGGAGCGCCUGCAGCUGCUACUCCAGCAGAAGCGGCUCCGCAGGAAGGCCCGGCGCGACGCCCGCGGCCCCUACCACUGGCCGCCAAGCCGCAAGGCCGGCCGCAGCGACACCACCGGCGGCGGGGGAGGUGGCGGUCCCAGCGAGGCCUCCGGCUUGGGCCUCGACUUCGAGGACUCCGUUUGGAAGCCGGAAGUCAAUCCCGACAUUAAGUCAGAGUUCGUGGUGGCCUAGGAGCCGCGUCCCUCGCCGACCACCCUGGGCCGGGAGUCCCCCGGCAUGGCCUGCACGCGGGAGGGCAGGCGGUCAGGGCAGCGGGGGGCCCCUCCCUCCCCGCCAGCUUCUUUCUGGUUUUUUUUUUUUUUUUUUUUCGUUUUGUUGGUUUUUUGUUUGUUUUUUUUUUUAAUUUCCAUUCUUACCAUGGUUUUCCGAACUCUCCAUGGACUCGGUUCCUGCCUCCUUGGUUCAGCUCACACCUCCCCGCCUCUUCCUCCCGUCGCCGGCUCCCAUCCUCGGCCUGAGCUGGGUCCUUCCCCGCCCACUUCCCAAGCUCCAGAUAUGUAGCAGUCACUCCAGAUGGUUGAGAGUGGGACGAGACGAGGAAGCCGCCCCCACCCCUUCAGGUUUAAGUCAAAAACGUAGAUGCCUCAUGAUGCACUUUACAGACGGGCAGGGCCUAGGAGGGAAGCCCCGCUGCGGCUGCGCCCCAGCCUCCAGGGCGGCCGGCCGGCCCCACGGCGACCGGAGACCGGAGACCGCCUGUGCCACCCACACGGCCGGGUCUCCUCCACAUCUGUGCUUUUUUCUCUUGGUCUCUUUUUCCAGGGGAAAAAAAAAGGCGCUUCAGUAGGCUGACCCCAGCCUGCCUCGGGGUUCAGGUGGGGGUGUGGGGCCCUCUCCCAAGUAGGAAAGAGAGGGAGGGGGACAGACAGCCGCCAGCCUUCGUGUCCACGCACUGUGCCAUUUCCUCCUGCCCCACCCCCUUUUUGUUCUGAGCUUGGGGUAUUUAUAGACUAUUAAUUUUCUGAGCCAAUAGUGGUUGGGAGUCUCUUGAAAACUCGGGAGAGAAAUGGUUGGGGGGACAGGGGAAAUAACCCCCAGCGCUCCUUCCUGGCCCGACCUGAGGGAUCUGGGCCUGUGGGCUGUGUCUGGAGGCCCUCUGGCAGCCAGGAGGGGAGGGGGUGCUGAGCUGUGAAGCCCCCGGUAGGGGUGACGCUGUGUAGCAUUAACCCCCUUGUGGGGGGGGGUUCGCUGCUGGUCUAAAUUGGACCCUCCCCACAGUGCCCUUAUCCCCAGAUUCCCCUGGGGCAGAGGGACAAGCCCUCUACUGGGGCCAUUUCAAUGGGGGUGGAGUUUUUUUUUCAUUCACUUAUUUUUUACUGAUAAUGGAGAUGAUCGGGCCCUGCCCCCUGCCCCCAGUCUUGUCCUUGCCCCACCUUUCUGUCCUCCAGACACCCCCACCCCCUGCCUGUUCCUUCAUCCUAUCGUAGGUGAACACCGCCCCCCCUUAUGUGUUUAAAGUUAAUGGUUUCAGAUGUGAACAUCAUGUGUUAAUUGUAGCUCUGUAAAAUUUUUGUGGGGGGGUGGGUGGGGAGGGGUCAGAGGGUAGGGGUCAAGGAUUUGUUUUUUUGUUUUCAUUUUCCAAAAAAAAAAAAAAAGGAGAAAAAAGGAGUGGGUUUGUUUUUGAAGAACUGUCUUGGAUACCUAUUUAAAUGUGUUCUGUUUUGGUUUUUUUUAAACGAUUUUUAAAUAACACCUGUGCCUCCGCGGGUCUGAGGGUGGAGGCCCCAGGCAGGAACCAGCCCGCCCCCCUCUGCCCUCACCAGGGCUCCCCAAGAAAGCAUUACCCACCCUCAGGGUUCGGGCUGUGGGGUGUCCCAGCACCUUGCGUUGAGUUUCCUGUAUGAAAACAAAAUUGGGAAAGAUAAACCUAUACAAACACCGUGAUUUCAAGUAAUAAACAGAAAAUGAAACGAG